CUCGACUUAAUUGGUGCAGAACCAAAUGUGACUGGAAUGAGGAAUGGAAACGAAUUGUGUGAUCUGAUGAAUCACGAUUCGCCUUAUUCGAGUUUGACGGAUGAGUACGAGUUUGGCGCAAA